AUGGGCCAAGACGAGUUUCCCGAAGUCCAAGGAGGAGGCUCAUUAAUUCUGGCAUGGCAGAUUAGGAAUAAAAGAGUAUUGGUAGUAGGAGGUGGAGAGGCAAGACGAAUAUUGAACGUCUUGAACGCAGAUGCAAAGGUCACAGUCGUUUCUCCCCGCGAAGGUUUAAAUAAAGAAGUUGCCUUCCGAAUUGAAAAGGGGCAGGUCGACUACGUGGACCGGAAAUUCGAACCUUCAGAUCUCGAUGAUGUAGAUAUGGUCCUGACGGCAGUGGAUGACAUUGAAGCCUCGACGCAAAUAUGGAAGCUGUGCAAGGAGAGGAAGAUAGCGGCGAAUAUUGCAGACGUGCCACCAGAGUGUGAUUUCUACUUUGGGAGUGUGCAUCGAGAUGGGCCUUUGCAGAUCAUGGUCAGCACGAAUGGAAAGGGACCUCGACUGGCGAAUAUUGUCAGGAGGUCGAUAGCAGAGAAAUUACCGGAAAAUAUUGGAGAGGCGAUAAUGAAGGUGGGGAAAUUAAGGCAAAUGUUGAGGAAAAUCGCGCCGAAGCCUGAAGAGGGACCUAAGAGGAUGUCUUGGAUGAUCAAGGUCAGCGACGCCUAUAGCCUGGAGGAUCUAUGCGAGAUGAGUGACGAAGAUAUGGAAACACUAUUGAGAUUCUAUGCUCCGGACAAGGUUCCUAGGCUGGGAUGUUUGAAAGCUAUGGAAGGAGAGCUGGAUGCGUUUGAUGGUUCAUUUGGCUUCUGCGUUGGGUGGGGUUAA